UCUUCCCAUCAGUUUGUAAGCAGAUUUCGAAGGACAUGCUGGAGAGGCAGCUGGCUGUGGGGGCUGUUACACACUGCUUCAUACAGCAUCUCUAAGCUGCCUGCUCCAACAGCCAUGGAACGAAAGAGAGGGUCUUCCCAUUCUGCUGUGCUGAUUCUGAUGUUCCUCUUCUUUUGGGGUAAUUUAUGUUCUACAGAGGUCAAUGAGUGCCUGUCAGAGCCAUGUCAGAACAAUGGGAUUUGCAUAGCUGGUCUGGAUAACUACACCUGCCAGUGUCCACGGGAUCCCGUCAUCUACUUUGGAAAGAAUUGUGAACUACUGUUUGAUGCCUGCCAUUUCCAGCUGUGCAUGAAUAACGGCACCUGUCACACCACACUGGGAAGUCUGCAGUACAACUGCACCUGUUUACCUGGCUUUGCAGGUACUCAAUGCAGUCUAAAUAUAAAUGAAUGCGAGAGCAACCCUUGCCGAGGGCUUCAUGUGGAUUGCAUAGAUCAGGUGAAUGGAUAUAGUUGCCGGUGCUCUCCAGGGUAUGAAGGGGAAAACUGCACAACAGAGAUCAAUCAAUGUCUUACCAACUCAUGCAAGAACAAUGGAACUUGCUUGGAUGGGAUUGGGAAUUAUACUUGUGAUUGUCAACCUGGUUACACAGGGGUUCACUGUGAAACCGAUAUUGACGAGUGUGCAUCAAGCCCGUGUUUGAAUGGGGCUCUGUGUAUUCAAGGGGUAAAUAAAUAUAGAUGCUUCUGUGUUCCUGGAUAUCAGGGAUCUAACUGUGAAAUUGACAUCAACGAAUGUGCAUCCAAGCCGUGCAGAAAUGGGGCUACGUGCGUACAUGAUGUGGAUCGAUACUUGUGUGUCUGUCCUCUUGGCUACAAAGGUCUGAACUGCGACAUUGAGAUAAAUGAAUGUGAGUCUAAUCCCUGUCAGAACGGUGCCAUGUGUAAAGACCAUGUUGCGUCCUAUGGCUGCACCUGCGCUGUUGGCUAUAAAGGGGUUAACUGCGAGAUAGAUAUCGAUGAGUGCGCCAGCAAUCCAUGCAUCAAUGGAGGGAUGUGCAAGGACCUGAUCAACGGUUACACCUGUGACUGCGACGAGACAGGAUUUCAAGGCACUAACUGUGAGGUCGACAUCCUGGAGUGUGCCUCUGACCCCUGCAUUAACAACGCCACUUGUCUGGAAGGAGUGAAGAACUACAGCUGCCUCUGCUGGCCAGGUUAUACCGGACAACUCUGUGAAACUGAUAUCAAUGAAUGCACAACACAGCCUUGUGUGAAUAAUGGCACAUGUUUGGAACGCUCCAGUCAAGAGUAUUACGGCAAUCUCCCACAGUUCAAGUCUACUUUCAGUUAUACCAGUGCAUCUGGCUAUGUUUGCCUUUGUCAGCGUGGGUUCACAGGGGAAAAUUGUUCAGUAAACAUUGACGAAUGUGAGUCAGGUCCUUGUAUGAAUGGAGGCACUUGUGAAGAUCAAACCAAUGGAUUCCAAUGUCACUGUGCACCUGGAUUUACAGGAGUGACGUGCCAAUCUGACAUCAAUGAAUGUGAGGACAGACCCUGUGAAAAUGGAGGAACCUGUGAAGAUAGCGUUGCAGACUACACCUGCCAUUGCCCUCCCGCGGGUGAAGAUGGCAUGACAUGGGGAGGAAAGAAGUGUUCAGUUCAACUGACCGGCUGUCUGGAACACAACUGUUACAAUGGAGCCACCUGCAUCCCGAACCUGGUGAAUGACAUUCACGGCUACUUCUGCAGAUGUCCUCCUGGUUUUUAUGAUGCUUUUUGUUCAACUUCAACAACUGUCUCCUUGUACAACGGUUUUAUAAUUGUACAUUCAGCAGAUGGUGAGAACCAGACCAACAGACGUACAGUUGAUGAAUCAGUCAGCAUCAGUAUGAGACUUAGGACUACCUUACCAAAUGCGGUGCUGAUUUAUCGAGGUGAUCUAAAUGAAUAUAUUCACAUUCAGAUUUACAGUGGGCUGUUGAUGUCUAGAGCGGUGAUCAGUGGCCAGGUAAUGGACAUCUCAUUCAGUAGUCCGGUCAAUGACGGGACAUGGCACCAACUCAGAGUUCUUCUGGGGAAGAACUUCCUGGUGAAGUUAUCACAUCCGAGUUGUCCAAAUCAGACUUGCUCAGACUCAAAACCCAUUAAAUCAGCCACACUCCCCUCACUGGAUGCAUUCCAGAAAACGUACAUUGGGGGCUACCCUGGAAUGUACCUUACAACUCAGGAAAAUUUCACUGGAUGCCUGCAGGAUUUGGAAAUUGAUAACAAGCCUAUAUUACCACAGACUUUCACAAACGAUACAGCAUGGAAUUUUAAAGUCGGCUGUGAGAAGACAAACUGGUGUAACCAGAAUCCGUGUAACAGUAAUGGGAUGUGCAUUGACUUGUGGACGAGCUACACAUGCGAUUGUUUCCGGCCAUACACAGGUCCCACUUGCAUCCAAGAAUACAUCCCUGUGACUUUCAGCAACAACAGCUCCAGCAGCUCGGCAUCUUUCGUUAUCAUGGAUAAUCCAGGCUCAAAAUUUGCAAUCUCGUUCUUUAUUCGCACACGGAAUCCAAAUAGCUUCAUACUCCAGCUCAGGAAUGCUACAGCUCCCUACCUGUCGACAUACCUGCAGAACGGUAGCAUUUCCAUCAAAAUCCAAGGCAUGAAGCUAGACACAUCCAGAAACCUGGCUGACGGCAUCAGGCGACUGAUAGAACUUCACAUGGAUGAAGGCUGGCUGACUGUGAAGGAAUCUGAUGUUGUUUUGAGAGAGCUUCUGUUGCCUCGUGCGAGUAUUCAACAGUUCGAUAGUAUCCACAUUGGCCAAGAUCCUGAGGAGGAUUCUACUGUAUGGGGAGGACCUUUCAAGGGCUGCCUACAGGAUGUAAGGGUCAACAAUAAUCUACUGGAGUUUUAUCCACUGGAAAUCAAGGAUUACACUUUGUCGCUGGAAGUUUACACUAAUAAAACACUUGUGAAUGUGAUCAAGGAUUGCAUCAGUGAUGAUACCUGCAAGCCUGCUCCGUGCCAAAAUGGAGGGAACUGCACUGUGACCUGGAACGAUUUUGAAUGUAAAUGCCCACAGCAGUACACAGGACGGACCUGCGAGGAGAUAGUGUGGUGUGCGACAGAUCCAUGUCCCUCAGAAUAUCGCUGUCUGGAUCUCCCAGGUGGAUACGAAUGUCUUGCCAAUGCAACGUUUCGGGGUGAAAAUCCGAUUGUUUACACUAGCAACAAGCUGAUCACAAGAGACCUCACCAGCAUUUCCAUCGACUUCAAGACCAGAGACACAGCCGCAGUUCUCCUUCAGGCCAGCCAUGGUGCUGAAUCCUUCUGGUUUGGAUUCCAUAAUUCACAGCUGCAAUGUAAACUGUACAGUGGGAACAGUGUAGAGGGCCUGACCCUCUCUACUACCAUCAAUAUCUCAGAUGGGCAGUGGCACACAGUGCUCGUGACCAUGGAGGAGCCUUCAAAGAUAUCAUCAAGAUGGAUCAUUACUGUGGACGGGAAUUCCAAUGUCACCAGCACAGUCACCGCUGGCAACGUAAACUUUCUUCAGGAUAAUGCAGAGAUAACAGUGGGCAACAACUUCACAGGGUGUCUCGGAGUGGUCAGAAUUAGUGGAAUAUAUCUUCCUUAUAUAAAUCAGAAGGUCGUCACAAAGACAGAACAGUUUGUUAUAGUGAGUGACUCCCCAACCCUGAUUGGAUGCCUUGGCGCAGAGGUAUGUUCCCCAAAUCCGUGCCUGAACAAUGGAAUGUGUGAAGACCUAUUUGACCUUUUCCAGUGUGAUUGCAUUUCAGGGUGGGAAGGUACCCGGUGUGAGGUCAGUGUUGACGACUGUGUGUCCAGGCCCUGCAUCCACGGCAACUGCAGCAACUUGCUGCAAGGCUAUAGGUGCAACUGUGAUCAGGGCUUCACCGGGGUGAACUGUGAGAACGAUAUAGAUGACUGCACGGACCACCGAUGUAUAAACCAGGGGAGCUGCAUUGACGGCCUCAACUCGUACUACUGCAACUGUCCGAGCCAGUUCACUGGGCGAUACUGCGAGUGGCUCUACCCCCCGGCAAAGUGUGGAGAGGGUCUCAGCUGUAACAACGGAGGACUUUGCACUGAUGGCGUCUGGGGUGCCAAUUGUACCUGCAAGCCAGGCUUCACUGGAGAAAGGUGUGAAGUGGAGGUCAAUGUGUGUGAGUCAAACCCGUGCCAGAACGGUGCUACCUGCCAGAACAUGGUCAACGCCUUUGAGUGCAUUUGUGCAGCAAACUUCGCAGGCGAACAGUGUGAGCUCGAUAGAGGGAACAAGGCGGACUCUAUCCCACUCCUGGCAGUGGCUGUGCCCGUGGUGUGUGGGACUGUGCUGCUGAUUGUAAUAGCUCUUAUUUUUGUGGUCCUUACUGCCCGUAAAAAGCGUCAGACAGAAGGGACAUACAACCCGAGCCAACAAGAAGUGGCUGGGGCCCGGCUCGAGAUGGACAGUGUCCUUAAGGUGCCUCCCGAAGAGCGCUUGAUAUAGUUGGUUGAUUGAACUCCUAAGAGGAAAGGAUGCUCUUGUUUUGAGAUAUCCGACCACCCAGGUGGCAUUUCUCCAGCUCCGUGCCUCCCCUUGACUGCUGAAUCUGCUGAGACAAAUCCCCUCAUUCCAGGCAUCUGCUUCACCAAGAGGUGGAUGCAACCCGGUUUAUGUUGGCACUGCACUGUUCUCACAGCGACCGCAGCUAAUGACACAUCUAGUGGGGAAGUUCACACUGUGCUGCUCAUUGCAGUGUCACACGAAUGACGUGUGAAGUCAGAGACUGAUUCAAGCAUUCCUGUUAACACAAUGGUACAGCACAGCAUCACCUCUGCUGAGAUCACUCCCAUCUCAGAGGCUGUUGUACAGAGGCUCCAGUUACAACAAGUGGCAUUUCCCCAAAAAAGGAGCUUUUAAAGCAAUUCUGUGUUCUGACUGGUGGAAAUGUUGUACUCAUUUAUUUAAAUGUUUACUGUAAUUUGAUUCUUAAUUGAACCACUUUUUAAUAGAAAAUUCUCUGUAGCUCCAAAAUUUAAGUUGAUUAUAUAUUGAAACAAAUCUGUACCGUGUGUUAAUGGAGGGAUCUAUUUAUAUGCCUAGCUGGGAGAAGUUUGGUAUUAACAUUAGGUGAUGCUGCGCUUUAUGUAAAUGGUAGAAGUCACUGGAUACCACAUCACUGUCUUCUGUUUCCAUGUCUAAUUAAAGACAUGUUCACUAUGAGCAAGUCUGUACACAGCUUGAAAGCACUUAUGCUGUUGCAUCAACAGUUGUUACUGACAGACUGCAUCCUCGCCUGUUCUAUUUACAAACUGCUGUUCGGUGAAAAGACUGCCAGUUAAGCUCAGGCUGAGGAUGCAGUACACGAGUCCAGGCACACGUUACCAAACAAAGACAAUAAACUGUAGAUUCCUCACGAUGACUUUACUUAAUGGUAAAUGUUCCACAACAGAAAGGGACUUCCCAGAGAGACGAUACUCCCAUUAUCGCUGGCUGGGUGGCUGCAGUUGGAGUCAUCAUCGUCAUCGCUGCCACAGUCCUGGUGGCCACCAUGAGA